GUGCGCAGUCUGCUCGCCGUCAGCGCAGUGGACUGGUUUAUCUGCGGUGAAGACAAACACGUGAAACAGUCCCGUGUUUGGAUUUUAAGUCCCUUUGUUUUUCUUGUGUGACAGCUGGGGGACGGAACUUUACGCAGGGGAACGACCGGUGAGUCUGCGAGGCUACACCUGAGGAUAUUUGUUCAGGGUGAAUUUGAAACCAGUUUGCAUUCUCCUCCCAACUCCACACUUGUUGAUGGGGCACUAACAGGUUUUCCCAGCAGUCAUCACGGGGAUAUUCUUAUGCGUAAUUUGGAUAAAACCCUGUCCGACGGCGGCAGGGCGACGGAAGUUUUAAGCUUUGAGGGUUUGUGGCAGAUGGUGAUGAUGUUUGGCGACCGGUAACAGCUUUCGGCAUCAGAUCGUGUUACACAGGCUGCUACCAGGUGAGCAGCGGCAUGGGGAAUCAGAUGGACAAGCUGUCACAUUUAAGUUACGCAGAAGUUCCCACGGUGGACCCGAACGGCGUGGACACGGAGGACGGACCACGGAUCGGCGUCUCUUACAUAUUUUCCAACGAUGACGACGAGCUGGAGGAAGGCUGUGCGGUCGACGGCACGGAAAAAGACCCGAAUCAGGAAGAGAAACAAUACGACCAGCGCGACGAGGUGGAGUGCGCCGUCUACAACAGGGAUGAAUGCAUUUACGAGAAGAGCGUGAAGUCUGCCAGCCUGGAGGUUUACUCCCCGGAGAAUCUACUGAACAAAUGUAAAGCAGGUGACCUGGUGGAGUUUGUGGCCACGGGACAGUACCCGCACUGGGCGGUGUAUGUGGGGGACUUCCAGGUGGUACACCUGCACAGAGCCGAGGUGAAAAACAGCUUUCUGACAGACGCGAGUCAAGGGAGGAGGUGCCGGAUUGUGAACGACUUGUACAAGUUUAAAGCUCUCGGUGCGGACAUGGUGGUGCAGAACGCGAUGGAGCAGGUGGGCUUAAAGGACCGAGAGCUGAGCUGGAGGAACUCCGAGUGCUUCGCAGCCUGGUGCAGGUUCGGCAAGAGGGAGUUCAAAAUGGGUGGGGAGAUACGGAUAGGCAAACAGCCGUACAGGCUGAAAAUAUUCAUGUCGGACAAACAUUCACAUGUGCUGGAGUUUCAGAGCCUGGAGGACAUGGUCAUGGAGAAGAGGAGGAACGAUCACCUGGGCAGGACAGCCGUGUUGCAGGAGCUGGCCACUCAUUUCAACAGCGUGGAGGAGACAAAAAGUGAGCCGGGCGCUGACUGAUGCCUUCCUCAUGCUCUUCAGAGAUAAUUUGCUUUGCAAGUAGAGUAGCCUCUACCAAACACAAACUGGUACAACCUGCUUAAACCUAUAGCAAGCCUGCACUCCUUCGUUUUGGUUUUAAUUGGAUCACACGCCAUGAUUUCUACUUGAAUUUUGUCAUUUUAAUUGCGCAUUUUGGUCCGUGUUUCCAUGAGUUUAUAGCAACGUUAUUGCCUUAAAGCCACAAUUCUCAACAUCCUCUGACUCUAUAUGGCCUUAGCAAUUAUGAAUUCAAUUAUCUGAAAGAAAUUGAAUCGACUGAAUUAAUCGAUGGGCUUGUUUGUGGCUCCUGCAGCCCCUCCACACACCCACACACACACACACACACACACACA